AUGUCCGAAGAAAAGAAAUAUGCUCCCACCAAUGGGUUCGCCAAUGGACACGGAAAUGGAGAACUUCCUCCAGAGGGCCCAGACGGUGAGAUGUUCCUGUUCACUUCCGAAUCCGUCGGAGAAGGACACCCGGACAAGAUGUGUGAUCAGAUCAGUGAUGCUAUUUUAGACGCACAUUUGGAACAAGAUCCCGACGCAAAAGUGGCUUGCGAAACUGUUACCAAAACUGGAAUGGUUUUACUCUGUGGAGAAAUAACAUCCAAAGCCAAUGUUGAUUAUCAAAGAGUAGUUCGAGACACAAUUAAACAUAUAGGCUACGAUGAUUCAUCAAAAGGUUUUGAUUACAAGACAUGUUCGGUGAUGCUUGCUAUUGAUCAACAAUCUCCAAAUAUUGCUGCUGGUGUACAUAUCAAUAGAAAUGCUGAGGAGGUUGGUGCUGGUGAUCAGGGCCUUAUGUUUGGCUAUGCUACAGAUGAAACAGAAGAAUGUAUGCCUUUGACAGUGGUACUUGCUCACAAGCUUAAUGAAAAAGUUUCCGAACUCCGAAGAAAUGGAGUUCUUUGGUGGGCACGCCCUGAUACUAAAACACAGGUAACAUGUGAAUACUGUUUGGUUGGCGGUGCUUGCAUUCCACAAAGAGUUCAUACAGUUGUAAUAUCUGUGCAACAUUCUGAAAAGAUUUCACUAGAAGACUUACGGCAAGAAGUUAUGUCUAAAGUUGUUAAGACAGUGAUCCCUUCUCAGUAUCUUGAUGACAGAACCGUUUUCCACAUCAAUCCAUGCGGCCAAUUCGUAAUGGGUGGUCCUCAAUCCGAUGCUGGCUUAACAGGACGAAAAAUUAUUGUUGAUACUUAUGGUGGUUGGGGAGCUCAUGGAGGUGGUGCAUUCUCUGGCAAAGACUUCACUAAAGUUGACAGAUCCGCCGCAUAUGCUGCUCGUUGGGUUGCUAAGUCUUUAGUCAAAUCUGGACUUUGCAAACGUUGCCUUGUACAAGUAUCUUAUGCUAUUGGAGUAGCAGAGCCAAUAUCAAUUACACUUUUCCACUAUGGCACAUCUACUAAAACUCAAAAAGAAUUGUUGAGAAUUGUCAACAGUAAUUUUGAUUUAAGACCAGGAAGAAUAGUAAGGGAUUUAAAUCUACGAAACCCAAUCUACCAAAAGACAAGCACAUAUGGACAUUUUGGUCGUGAUAUAUUUCCUUGGGAAAAACCAAAGGUUUUGGUCGAGUGA